AUGGACAAGACAUACGAUGAUCUACUGGCUAUUUCCACGUUAGUCCAAACACUAACACCUCAAGUAACAGAAUCCGGCGACCACAUUGCACGUCUUGAAAAACUAAUCCAGGAACUAGUCACAAAAGAAGAAUACCAAGAGUUGAUCAGGCAGCCAGCUGAAGCAACAACCACAAUAGACAGCAAUGAAGCAGCCAUCAAGAAACUCGAAGAAAGCAGACUCGCAAUAGUGAUGGAACUUCAGAAGCAGGACUUUCUUGGCGAGAAAUUACAAGAAUUGAUUUACCAAAACCAAGAUAUCGUUGAUUCGGUAAAGGAGUACCUCGAGUCAAAGGAUCACAUACACCGAGAAGAAGAGAAACAUGUCAAACAGCUAUGCAACAACUUUGUCGAGAAUGUUGUUCAGCCUACAAUUGACCUGUUGGACACUGGGCUGCUAGAGAUGAACAAAAACAUACACAAAGCGCAAACUAAACUUGGCAAAGUGUUUCACGAGAAACAGCAGGCAGACGAGAUGCUACAGUCACGAGAGUACCAGCAACAACUAAACGAAUUAGUCAAGGCACUAAAUGAGAUAUGA